ACCCUAAUUUUCCUCCCUCCAAUUCACCUCAAGGAACCACGAAACUAAUUCACUUUUCCUAUUUUCGAUUGGCUUAAUGGAAUUCCCUUGUUUAGGAUGCUAUUCAAAUGUUCCGUUAUCCCUUUCUCUGCUUGUAUUGAAAUUGGGUUUAACUAUGCCCUCAUUUUUCUUAAUCAGAUUGAAACUUAUUGUGAAGAAUGAACGUGGAUUUUGGUUUUGUGCUUGGGAUGUGAAUUUUUUUCCUUCACCCUUGAGUCACUUGUACUUGGAUAUGUGCUUUUACCUCUCUAUAUUCUGGCUUUGUGGAUAUAUGUUAACAUAUGGUUUGGACAGUGUUACGUGCUUCACGAAACAUGACCUCUGCUCACGACCUUACUGCAAAAUGUCUAUCCAGAUAAUGAAGAUGAUGGACAGCAGCAGUCAGAAUCACCAAUGCAGCCCCCAUCUGUAAAUGGAAUAUCUGAUCCAGGUAUUAGUACCCAGAAUGUCAAUGUACAGUAUGCAGCACCUGGCCAGCUUGGAACUGGGCAUGCAAUGGUACCACAUGUGUAUCCAUAUCCAGAUCCUUACUAUAGAAGCAUCUUUGCUCCCUAUGAUACACAACCUUAUCCCCCACAAGCCUAUAGUGGGCAGCCAAUGGUCCAUCUUCAGUUAAUGGGAAUUCAGCAAGCUGGUGUUCCUCUGCCAACUGAUGCAGUUGAGGAGCCUGUGUUUGUCAAUGCAAAACAAUAUCACGGUAUAUUAAGACGUAGACAAUACCGUGCGAAAGCUGAAUCAGAAAAUAAAGUUAUAAGGAAUAGGAAGCCAUACUUGCAUGAAUCUCGACACAAGCAUGCACUGACAAGACCAAGAGGAUGUGGUGGUCGGUUUCUGAAUUCAAAGAAAGACAAGAAUCAGAAUGAUGAUGUGGCAUCAGCUGACAAAUCACAAUCCAAUAUCAAUAUCAAUUCUAAUAAAAAUGAUCAAACUUCAUCAGAUAGGGCAUCCUAAACUACAGAAAUGAUGAUACCUUAGACAGUGGGGAUCUAUUGUAUAUCACAAUAUCAAUAAUACCUGCUUUGGAUAUCCCACUUUUGCUUCAUUCUAGCUUUGUACAACACUGUAGGUGGUGUGUGGUAGGUAGCGUUAGGGUGUCGCAUGAUGCAGGUAAAAUGUAAAUUGAAGUGAUUUAUCAAAUAUUGUCCUUUGGUAGGGGAGAUUUUUAUGGUGAGCAUUUCUUUGUAUUUGGUUCUGUAGAGAGGUUAGAGAUUGGGGUUUUGUUUGGUUGAAUCGUAUUUAUUUACCUUGCUAGUGACAGUCGAAGAAGUUUCAACCAUGAUUGGUGAUGGAUAUUGAUAGUUGUUUUUGUUCAGUGAUUAAUAGAUAGAUAAAUAAGAUUCACAUGACUUGCUGAUAUUGAAA